AUGGAAAUUAAUGAAGCAAUAAAAGAGAGUGAUGAUAGAAGGCUGAAGACAAAAUACAACAAUGCCGUCUAUAUUAUACAAAGGGCUCUUGCUCUUUACUCUGUUGACGAGCUUGCCUUAAGUUUCAAUGGAGGAAAGGAUUCAACUGUUUUGUUGCACCUUCUUAGAGCUGGCUGUUAUUUGCAUGCUGUUGGAAAAAACGAUCGUUCCAAUUUGGAUUCGGGAGAAGCUGGAAAUAAAUUUCCAGUAAGGACAAUUUAUUUUGAGAACCCAACUGUCUUUCCUGAGAUCAACUCAUUCACUUAUGAUACUGCUUCUGCUUACAAGUUGCAGAUGGACAUAAUUCGCCUGGAUUUCAAGUCUGGCCUGGAGGCUCUUCUAAAGGCUAACCCUAUUAGAGCAAUUUUUCUUGGUGUCCGAAUUGGUGAUCCAACUGCGGUGGGGCAAGAGCAAUUCUCUCCGAGCUCACCAGGAUGGCCGCCUUUCAUGAGAGUGAAUCCAAUCUUGGAUUGGUCGUACAGAGAUGUGUGGGCCUUUCUCUUGGCUUGCAAGGUUUUUGCAUAUGGAGGUGUUGGUCCAUUACCAUCAGAUGUCACCAUAGCUGGUGUCGCUAAGGCUUUUGGUGUCCGAAUGGCUCCCGAUGAAGAAUUUGAGGAAUAUUUAAGGCAUCUCAUUGGAGAAAAGUGCACUGGACAUCGAAACGAGAUGGCUCAUUUGCCUGAAGGGAUCACCGAAUUGUUGCAUCAUGAGAAACUGAACGUGCCUUUGAUCAAGUGCCAAAAUGUGAUAAUUCUUACGGCAACAAAUGUAGCCGAGCUAGACCAAGAGUGGGAUUGCUUGAUUGAGUUAAUAAGAUUCAAUGAACAAAUGAGUGAACCGUUCGUGUCCAAAAAACUGGCAGCAUCAAAUCUUUCUGACGUGGAAGCUUCUCAACCCCUUUCGGAAAUUCGAUUUGAAUUUCCAGAUAUAUUCAUCGGGUGUUAUCGGGAAUCGAGACAAGGUCCUCUGAUCAUUACUUUUGAUGGAAAGGACAUAAAGAGAAUUAAUGCUGCUGUUGAAGCAUUGGGCCGGAAGUUUCAUCCCGGCGUGUUUUCUGAAGUCGACCAAAGUACAUGA